UCAGGUUUCUCCUUUUUACCGCCAGCUGUUUGUCAGGAAUCCGGGAGCGCGCGGGUGGAGGCUCGUGCCCGCUGUCUUCCGCUGGGAUCCUCGGCGGAAGUUUUUACCCCCCGCGUCAUAUUUAGCCCCUCCUCGGCCUGGCUGCACACCUGAGCCGCGGGGCAGAAACACAAGCAGGUAUCCGGAACUGGCGGCGCGUCAGGAGGACCUCCGACCCCCCUGCUGCGAACAUCUCCGGGUCUGGUCGUUUUGAGGAAGUUCUGUUGCAGAAGGAGUUCGGGUCCGGUCCGGACCGUCUGAUUCUCCUCUGACAGCAGCGAAAGGCAGAAAAGAGGCGCGUCAAAGAUCUCCGCGGGCUUCCUUCCAAACAUUUCCGGUGACGGGUCGUCCUGAGGACCUCUGGAAGGAGGCCUGACCCCCGCAGCAUGGGCGAGGCCCCCCGCAGCAUGGGCGAGGCCCCCUUGGCAGAGGACGGUGCGGUGACCCGCUCCGCAGAGUACGUGGGCUCGUUCCCGGUGGAGGACCGCUCCCUGGACGAGCAGAUGGAGCAGCUGAACCUCCAGCUCAGGUCCCUAAAGUCCUGCAGGAGGAGGAGGAGGACCGUGUCCCUGAAGUUCUCCAUCAAAGGAGUCAAAAUGUACAACGAGGAUGAGACGACCCUCCUGAUGGCUCACGCCCUGCACAGGGUGUCCCUGUCCACCGCCCGGCCCGCCGAGGCCCAGUUUGCCUUUGUCUCCCAUAACCCAGGAAGCGCUGACGCCCAGCUCUACUGCCAUGUUUUCAGAGCAAGGCACGCCCGAGCAGCCCAGUUCCUGAACCUGCUGCUAUGCCGCUGUUUCCAGUUGUCUUACCUGGAGAAGCAUCCAGAGGAGGCCCAGGAUGAGUCUGGUGGGUCGGUGCCGCAGCACAACCCGUCCCUGCUCAACCACGGCUUCCCCCUGAGCGUCAGCGCGCUGGUCUCCUUCAGAAGAGCUCCUUUUCAGGGCUUCUUUCUGGGCUCAAAGAAAACAAAGAAAUCCACUGACAGUUUCCAAAGCGGAAAAGAUGACGUUUUUAGCACUUCUUCUCCGUCUCUGACGAGGAAGAAAGUCAUCCGCACCAAAGACCUCCAGUCUGGAGCUUACCGCUCCUUCACCUUCACGCCGCUCAAGCAGCGCAACUUUCAGGAGCGCCUGAGUUUGUCACAAGGAAAGGACCAAAACAAGAAAGUGGCGAGGAGAGCCCGCGCUCCGAGCUUAGCAGAAACGGAAGAGGCGCUGGCUCAGGCCGUGUGGUGCUGGGCUGGAAUCGCCACUGACAGCAGCUUCUCCCUCCUGGCCGAUGACGUUCUGGGCUCCUACCUUCUGUGCUCGCAUCCCAAAAAGCCAAAAUCCAAGUGUCUGGUUGUUCGCUGCCCCGCCGGCCUGUCCACCUUCCUCAUUCAGAACUCCCAGAAAGGGAAGUUCUCUCUGGAGAAAUACAAGUUAAAGUUCCCGUCCAUGGCUGAGCUGAUUGAAUACUACACAGACUCCCAGGACGAGCUGCCGUGUCUGCUGAACUCUGCCCGGGUGAACCACUGCUAUGAGUGGGAGGAGAACGCCGGCAUGCAGCAGGCCGCGAGUCCCAACAGAACAAAAAGUACCCAGAGAAAGGAGUGGAUCUGACCUGCCCUGACACGCUCAGAGGCUCACACAGGGACACUUUCUGUCAGACAUUUAUCACACUUUACUUUUAAGACACGAGGUGUUGGGAGGAAGCCUCACAGAGUCAGGGAGUUGGUUCUCAUCCUGUCUGUAGAACACGUCCAGGUACUUUCAAUGUCAUAUUUUUGUGCUCGCUGCUUUUAAGUGUUUUUUUUUUUUUUAAUAACUCUAUAAGACAUUUCUUCAUGUUUUUAAUGAAUACUUCAUAGAGUGACUGAUAGGAUAUUCUUUUUGUCUUUUUAAGUCUCAGUGGAAAGUCUUGAUAAAAUGUGGCUUCUGUAUCAACCUCUUUUUAAACUAUAAUAAUUGCUUGGUAAACGUUUGACUAACAUUUCUUAAACCCUCAAAUCUUUUGUUUGCAGUGUGCAAUUUUUUUGAUAAGGUCAAAUACUUUUUAUAACUUGGAGAUAUUUUGUGUUUUUUUUGUGCUUCAAAGCACACAAGUGUUUGUUGUUGAAUUUGUACCAAAAGUCCACAGAUGUUCAAGUUUUUGAUAAACAUGCAGGAGAUUAUAAAAGAACUAUCUAAACAUAA